AAUUCAAGCACAAUAAACUUCAAACAUUAUCAAAUUUUAUAAAUCCAAAUAAAAAGAACCCUAAAUUGAUAAAAACAAUUAACGAUAAAACCAAUGAAAGUGAAAUUCGUGAUUUAAUUUUUUGAAAAAAAUAAAGAAAAAAACAAACAUCUUACCUCAAAAGCUACUUUAUUAGAGUAGAGAAAGCUCGAAAGCCGCUUCAAUGGAGAAAUCAGAGGAUUCAUUGCAAUGAAGGAGAGAGAAAAUGCUUGAGGAGAGAGAAAAUCACAGAGAGAGGAGAGAGAAAAUCAUGAAAGUGAAAAUUUAAUUUGGGCCGUUAGAUCGCACGCUUUUGGUGCUAGAUCUGACGGUCCAGAUUAGUUCAUAUUUCCUGUUAUAGGAUUGAUUCUCAUUAUAAGCUGCUCCUAAUAUAGAUAGAUCCAUGAUUUAAAAAUUUGAAUAAAAAAAAUAAAAUUACACAAGGUUCAAAGACUCCGUAGAAUUAAGAAGAAAAUGGUGAAAUCAUUGCGUAACUUGGGCGCAGUACUUCUCGCUGAUCAUCCCACAUUCUGGAAAAGACCAUAUUCUCAUUAUAACUUCCCAGUUCAUCAUCAAUUCCAAUUUCCUGCUUCAUUCAAUCGUAACUUCAAAACAACUCUAACAAUGUCGCUAAACGCAGUAAACCAGUUACAGAAAAUAACUGUACUCAACCAUCGUAGCGAAAAGCUUGUCGGGCUGUUACAUGAUACAGGGUCCAAAGAUGUUGUGAUAGUCUGCCAUGGGUUUGUGGGUGGUAAGGAGCACAAACUCGCGGUAGACUUAUGUGUUGCACUGGAGAAGGAAGGGAUAAGUGCCUAUCGGUUUGAUUUUUCUGGAAAUGGAGAAAGUGAUGGAGCAUGGGCUUACGGCAACUACAUGAAAGAGGCAGAAGAUAUAUGUGCUGUUGUCAAGCAUCUUAAUGGGGCAAAUCGUAUUGUGACUGCAACUGUAGGCCAUAGUAAAGGAGGUGAUGUUGUCUUAUUGUAUGCUUCAAAGUAUCAUGAUAUCCACACGGUUGUCAAUCUUUCUGGACGUUAUGACUUAAAGAAAGGCAUAGCAGAACGUUUGGGUGAAGACUUCAUGGAAAGAAUCAAGAAGAAUGGAUAUAUUGAUGUUAAGUGUAAAAAAACAGGAGAAGUUUUAUAUCGUGUGACGGAGGAAAAUUUGAUGGAUCGCUUGAGUACGGAUAUGCAUGAAGCAUCCCUUAGGAUUAAUGAAGAUUGCAGGGUGUUGACUGUUCAUGGAUCUGCGGAUGAAAUAAUCCCCAUUGAGGAUGCAUAUGAAUUCUCGAAGAUAAUACCAAACCAUAAAUUACACAUCAUAGAAGGAGCAAAUCAUUCUUUCACUGAACACCAACCUGAAUUACACCAAGUUGUCAUUGAAUUCAUUAAGUCAUUCAUGCAGCAAGACAAAGAAAGUGCUGGCUAGGUGUACAUUAGCAGAUCAUUUAUUUCGUCGAUCAGGGCAUUUCUUCAGAGCUAAGGUCCUUCAUGCGUAGUAUUUAUGUAUUCCAUAGGCAAAACCUAAGUUAUAUUACCUAUACAAUGGUGUGUAUAAGACGACUGUAGAACUGGUUAAAUUGGCUGCUCCUAAUUAUGAUAGUAUGAUUUUGCUGUCACAAUCUAUGGUAGCUUAUUAUCAGUUUAGAAACUAGAAUCUUAGAGAAAGGACACUGUAUAUGAUAAUAAGUCCUCAAGACUUUUUUAACACUUUAUAAACACUACAGAGUACGAGUAUAUAUUUUGUAACCUACAUCAUAGCUUUGAAUUUAUCAGAGGGAUUAAUCUAAUUGUUUUAUUUUGUACUA